CGGCAAUUGAAAUGUUGCUAACUUAAAAUUGUCGUUGUAUUCAUACUAAUUUUUGUCAUCGUUUUCACAGAACGUAUUUAGUGUGACAUGCUGCAACGAGCAAUUUGUAGUUAGUUUCGGAGUGAGUUUUGAUACGUUGAAAGGUGAAGUGACGUGAUAGGUAGUGUUUAAUGUGUUCGAACAUCAGAAAUGGACCAGUGAUAUUAUUCGUAGUAGACGCGUGUUUUUCAGUGGAAACUUUCUCUCGCUAUGCGUUACGAAACUGAUUUCCUUGAAAAUGUUAUAAACUUUCCUUCUGAAAAGCAAAUAAACAUAGAGACCGCCAUCUCCUUUCAAAAUGGACAGAGUUACAAUUCCUGUAGUGAUGUGAACUUGAUGAAUAUAUCCCCAAGCAUCGAAAAUAGCAUUUCUUACAGAAGUGAUAUGAACUGUGGUAGUGUACUUCCGAUGAACUCUGUUCCAAGUAUUGAACAUCCUAAUAUGUAUCAAGACGGGUGUUUUUACAAUUCAGACUCGAUACACUCAAAUGCGUCUUGCGACAGUGAGAAAACGCGUGUAAGGCCUAACAGUUUAUUGGCCAAGCUAGGAGUUCCUUGUCAAACUUCGGAUUACGACUAUGGAAACUGCUACAGUUACUAUGCCAACGGCUGUUACAAUACUUGUCAGUUCGUAGAGAUGGGUGAUAUGGAAGAUUUCAUGAAUAACGAGAAACGCAAGGAGAAAUCUCGAGAUGCAGCACGAUGCCGCAGGUCGAAAGAAACGGAAAUCUUCACAGAUCUGGCCAAGGCUUUGCCGGUUACAAACGAACAGAUCUCACAGCUCGACAAGGCCUCCGUUAUGCGGCUGGCCAUUGCGUAUCUCAAAGUUAGAGAGAUGGUCGACCUAGGUAAACUAUCUUUAGCACCUUAA